ACUAGUCGAUCACUGACUAUAUUUGCAAGCGUAGACGUUUCGCGGCCACAUGCAACUUUGGCAAGUGCACUUCAUGCUCGAAUAUCAAGCAGCUUGCAUGACCAGUUUGUGUCGCGAUGCGGGUGAGAAUACUCACUGAAAAUACUAUUCAGUACUAGUAGGCGGUGGAACUUAGGUUAGCGGCAACUGAGAGCCAGUGUUGGACCUAUCUCCAGCGAAGAGCGAAGCGGUUCGGCCGAGGCAUAGCGAAAUGGCAGCGAGGCCGAGCGGAAUGGCAGCGAGGCCGAGCGGAAUGGCAGCGAGACCGACCGGAGCGGCACCAAGAUCGAAACCCCGCGCAUCUGUGCGCUGCAGGAAGGCGCACAAGGCUUGGUGCCGAUUUAAAACUUUAAAUUGUAAUAAGUGCGACCAAAGGGGUCAUAUAAUCUGCAAAGUACGCGGCAGUGUAGUCCUGCAGAACUAUGUGAGCGACGAAUCGGACGACUGCCUGGACGAGAUCGACGAUGUCGAGGGUUUGUACGCUGUAGCAACGAAAGAUGUGGUACCGGCGCGGUUCAGUGUGGCAAUCAUGAUGUUCUUUGCCUCCUGGGUCAAUUACAUGAUGCGGGUCAAUAUGAGUGUCAACAUCAUUGCCAUGGUGCCGGAGGACGACAAAACUACAUCAAUGAAAAGCGAGUGUGAGGCCUUCGUCAAUAGUACGACACUCACGAGGCAACAUCUGCGACAGCCUGAAGAUGUGGUUACAUUUAACUGGACGGCGCAGCAACAAGCGUACGUGCUGUCAGGUUACUUCUGGGGGUACGCGAUCACCUCACUAGUGGGGGGCACAUUAGCCGAGCUGUGGGGACCUCGCAACGUGGUCUUCACCACAAUGCUGAUCAGUGCGGUCCUGACCAUCCUGUCCCCGCAGGCCGCGAGGAUGCAUUACAUCGUCCUGGUCGCUGUUCGCUUCUUCAUCGGUUUAGCAGCUGGUUUCCUGUUCCCCGCUCUACACGCGCUCGUGGCGCACUGGGCGCCGCCGGCUGAGAAGGGCAAGUUUGUAAGCGCUCUACUCGGCGGAGCCAUCGGCACCGUAGUCACCUGGUCCCUCACAGGACCGCUCAUUGAGAACUUCGGCUGGGACUUCGCCUUUUACAUACCAGGUUUCAUAGCGACGGUGUGGUGCGCCCUCUGGUGGUUCCUCGUGUACGACUCCCCGGUGCAGCAUCCCCGCAUCUCGGACAACGAGAAGCAGUACAUUCUAGAAGCGAUCGGAGACAAAGUCAACCGAAGUACUAAGGAAACUAGGGUGAUGCCGCCGUUCAAGAGUAUUCUGACGUCAUUUCCUUUCCUGGCGAUGGUGGUGCUGACAUACGGCAACAACUGGGGCUUGUACUUCGUGACGACAGCUGCGCCCAAAUUCAUGUCGAGCGCGCUCGGCUUCAACCUGACGUCGACAGGCACGCUCUCCUCGCUGCCGUAUCUAGCGAGGAUGAUAUUCUCAUUGAUCUUUGGAGCUAUCGGUGACCGAAUCGUCAAACAAAACGUAGUAUCAACAACAUUUAUAAGGAAGUUCUUCUGCCUAUUCUCCCACGUGCUGCCUGGUCUGUUGCUGAUCGGGCUCGGGUACACUGGCUGCGCUCCCAUCCUCUCCGUCGCUCUGAUCACCUUCUCCAUGGGCUCCAAUGGAGCCGCGACUCUCACUAACCUCGUCAACCAUCAGGACCUGGCGCCAAACUUCGCCGGCACAUUGUACGGCAUCGCUAACGGCAUCGGAAACACUGCGGGAUUUGUCACACCUUUGGUCACCGCACACUUCACUAAGAAUGGGAACAGCAUUGCGGAAUGGCGGCCUGUAUUCUUCACGGGCGCAUCUCUGUACAUCGCAGCCGCGGUGUACUUCAUUCUGUUCGGGACGGGCGUCACUCAGACGUGGAACUACGUCGCGCCCGCGGAAAAGGAAGAAGUAGACAAAAGACCAAGUGCUAAUUCAACGAAUACGACAGUCACUAUUGGUGUUAAGACAUAAGGGAAUGUCCAAACUAUAAUUUAACACGUUCAGUGCAUCUUUAACACAUGCGUGAUGUGAAAAUGAACGCGAGAAUGAACUUGCAAGCGAGUUGGUGGUAUUAGAGUUGUUAAAAAAUGUCUACUGAACAUACUGUAAGUAAGACUAGCUGUUCCCAUGCGACUUUUUCC